CGACUUUUAAACAUCGUCAUGUUUCUGCAUCUGUGCUAAAUAAAAAAGAUUCAGUAGCAAAAUUGACGACUGCGAUUGAAAAAAAAAUAAACUGCAGUUCACCUGCUUUGCUCACCUGCAGCUACUGCAGUUGCGCAAUGGAAGCUACAAGCAGUACAAACACUAACACAGCAAAAUGCCUGCAGUAACAUCCACGACUACUGAAGAACAGAAUAAUGAUCCUGACCAGCGAAUGUGGCAUGCUCUCAAAUGGUAUAUCACUCGUGAACGACAAAGGAAAAAGCAAGAGUAUGAAGCCGAGGUAGAAGAGGAGAGAUUAAGAAAAGAGCGAGAGGCAAGAGAGAGACAAGAUGUCAUGACAUUGGAAGAAACUAAGGAACAGAUUGAAGGACUAGAGCAAAAACUGAAACAGCUGGAGAAAGAGAAGCAGCAGUUAUUCAUGCAAUUGAAGAAGGUGCUUAAUGAAGACGAGAUUAGGAAGAGACAACAGCAGAAGGAGUCCAAUGAAAAUCAACCAAUGAAGAUGCCAAUGGGCAACAUACAGAUUCCGAUGUUCCCGAUGUCAACAUCUACGGGGCAAGGCGAACAAAUACAAUCACAGGGCAGGCCUCCUCCUCUCAGUUCUCACAUGCUGAACAAGCAGACUAUAGUCCGUGGGCCCAUCCAGGCCGGAGCGAAGCGAGCCCGCAGUCCCUCCCCCACAUACGCGCUCUACUCCCAGCGCCAUCACCAACCUCCCAUGAAACAUCAGCCGGUUUACUCCGAUCACAAAGUAGAAGACGGCCGCAUGGGCCGGCAAAUGCGCGCUGUACUUUGGAACAAGCCGUCCCAGUACGGGGGUAACUCUGGGUCCGUGACCUCGGGCGCCUACUAUGCUAUGCCGACAUCGGGCGUAGUUGUAGGCGAGCGGCCGCCGCCCCUGCUGUACGCGCACCACGCGCACACGCCGCACACGCCGCACACGCACCACGCGGGGCUCAUGUAUGCCGCGCCUCAGCCGCAGCUGUACCUGGAUAUGCUGAACAACAGAGAACAGCAUCCGGAGCCUAAGAAGGAGGCGCAGGGCCAGCAAGUGGUGAUCGGGCUGAGCGAGGCGGUGCACCCGUCCGUGAGCACCGCCGUGGUGUACGCGUCCGCCGGCCGGCAUCUGGUGCACCAGCCCAGCCACAUGCAGGUGCAGACAUCGAAGCCCGGCAGCAUAACGCAAGGCUACCCGGUGCAGUCGAGCGCGAGCGUGCAGAACGCCACCAUGUACCCGAGCCGCCACCGCUACUAGCUAGUGCUGCUGCACCGGCAGCCCGCCCAGCCGCCCUAGCAGACCGACCCAGGGCCAAACACAGAGAUGAGAACGUAAUGACCGACUUUUGUUUUAUUGUCUAUUUCGUCAGAUGAUACUAUUUACUACCAGUCAGGGAUCCGUCUACCCCUUCCCAGAAAAAAGCCUUUAAGUGGCUUAGUCGUUUAUCUAAUAGCCCCAACGAUUGGCCUUCGCUAGAUACCGCUAAAUGAAAGGGUAUCCCCUUCCUAAUUAAAAAAAUAUGGCAUCUGUGCUGUCAACGCGCUAAACACCCGGUCCUUCACUUUAAACAAAAAUAAGCAAUAUUUGAUUCUAUUUUUACGAAGAGAAAGUUAAAAAUAGAAUAAGCGUUAUAAUCGAUACCCCUUCAAGAGGUUAGUGCUUAAGGUACAGGUAUCGAACUAGUUUCAGCUUACCCGUAUGAAGCUAUAUAAAAAGCCAAAUGAAAGGGUUUUAGUUAGCAACGGCUUUGGUAAGCAAAACCUUACGAAAUACCCCUUCCAAAACCCUCGUAGGGGAUACCGGGCGGACCCUGGUACCACUCCUGGUGGGUAAUUCUCUAAGAAUAUGUCUGCGGUUGCUUCUAAUUGCCACGACUCUUAUUUUCGUACAUUUUGUAUGAGUCGGCAAUUAGCCCGCCGACAUAUUUUUUGAGAAUAACCGCAGUAGAGUAUUGAUAGUAAUCAAUAUUAAUCGUUUGUUUUCAUUUGUCAUUUUGACUUAUGUAUUUCUAAGAAAAGGAUAAAACAUAAUUUAACUAAUUGAGGCUUGUGAAGUUUUAUGAAUAAGGGGGUAAGAAAAUAUCGUGCUUCUAUUCUAGUUUGAUAGCUGCAAAAGAUGGCACUGUACUGCGCUACGUAUUUUGUCUUAGACUUUACACGUCUUAUACAACCAGCAAAUCUUUGCUUUUGUUUACUGAUCUUAAAAUGAACGCCGACCAGCCAUUGUGUCCAAACGAACGUAGAUUUCGUAAAGCGGUGGGAAAUCUCAUACAAUUUUUGGUGGCAAAAAUUACUACAGAGAAAGAGGAAUUAGGUAUUUCGCCAUAUUUUAUCAUUAUUAUCUGACGAAAAAUAAAACAACAAAAUAAAAUUCGGCUCAAAAAUUAAGAUUUCUAGCCCUAAAAACAGUAUCUAUCAUUCAUUGAUGACCUAUUUAAUUUAUUUUUUAUUGUGAAAUACUACUAUAAUUAUACUACAAACAGAUACAUAUGAUAUGACAAACAGCAAAAAAAACAUGAUUAUGGAAAACAUAAUUUUUACCCAGAGUCCGUCUAAGCUAAUUAUGCACCUACUAACAGAACAAGUGAGGCGUGUCAUUAUACACAUCAUAUUUUCAUAGAAAUUUGACCAUUAGUGACUACUUUCCACACCUUGUCAUUGCAAAUAAAUGCCACGCUGAGUUAGCUUAGUCCGUCUCUCCGUCUAUAUAUGUUUUUAGAGCUACGAAUCUUAAUGUUUUGUUAACGUCAUUCAGUGUUGUAAAUCCUUUUUAAUACAAACAUGGGUAUAUGAUAUGAUUGAUAUGUGCCGUGCUCAUCAAGAGAACUGUUAAACGAACAGAACAAUACAAGUGCUCAUAGACAUUGUAAGUGAUAUACACUCACGAACAUUGGAAACGGGUCUCUGGAUUUUUUAUACAACAGUAACAAGUUUGGAUUGCUCUUGAGUGUAAAAUGCAAUUAAUACACAUAGUAUUUUAGAUUCUGUGUAAAUAUUUAUCAGAGAUUGUAGGUUUUAUCACCGACGCCGUUGCCGUGCGAAACGAUUACUGGCUAAUUUUGUGUGAACUCGACUGGUUCAUAAAUAUGUAUUGAUUUCUUCACCUUAAUCCGUUGCAAUAAGGUAAAAAUUUAUACAUGUUUAUAAACUCGACUGUACCACAGUACAAAAUUUUAACGGUUUUUAUUUUCUAGCUGUCAAAAACCGCCAUUUUUUGAGUUUAUUUAAAAAUGAGUCUGACACCUCGCACUGCAGCCGCGUGAGUAUAAAUAUAUUUUAUUUAACUUUAAAGGUAUUUGACUAAAAAUAAUUGUUACGUUUUGUAUAAAUGUAUUUAUACUUACACAGCAUUAUUGAAAAUUAGUAAUUUUACUAAUACUGAUACUAUUAGAAUAUUCAAUGUAGAUAUAUUUCGUUUACUUUUAGUCGAAUACCUAAACAAGUAAAACAAUGUUUAUAUUAUAUCAACCUAGGUUGACAGCUAAGGUCCUAUGUGUCAUAAUAAUACACUGCUGUUUUAGAUGCAGCUUGGGAAAAUGGCAAACCUAAGGUUUGUUUUAUUUCCACGGCUGUAUUUUAUUUCGAAAGAGUAUUUAGUAACUGGAGACGCCUUGUCUGUCAUUUUCUUUACAAAACAGUCUGCAGAUUUUUGCGGGGAAGGGGCAUGUCAAAUGUAUGGCUAUUUGUAAGUAACAUACAAAUAGCCAUGUCAGAUAAACGUCAGUCCAUACAAAAGUAUGCACAAUUGUGCAAGGUUCCGGUUAUUAAAUGCUCUACGAUUUUGAAAUUGAAUAGCAAAAAUAAGGACAGUAUUAUGUCGCGGGCUUUCUUAAUUGUCAAUCUGUCGUUGAAUAUUCAAUAAUGGACUUUUAAUAUAAAAUUGUAUAAUCAUAAAAUAAUGGACACUAUUAGAUGCUCUUCACAAUCAUGAAAAAAGUCAAUAGAUACAUCUGCUUGUGGUGGUACAUAAAAAUGAUAAUUACAAAAA